UUGUUGUUGAACUUUUUGUUUUUUUAUAGAGAAAAGCAACCUUCUUCCUCCGCUUUAUUGAUCUACAUGAAACAUUUUCCUUCUUUGAAUUUCUUUAUGUCGAAUGACACGAAUUCAACCCGUUUGCAUCCCUUGGACGAGGCGUCGCUCGAGCAAGGGGACGGGUGAUGGAGGGUUCGCUUCCCCUUCUGGUGAAGAAUGGCGUUGUCAUUCAACCCAGCAAUGCCGCUCCAGUUUCUGCCUUCCUACAAACUUAUUCAGGUGCAUAUACGACGUUCCGAACACAUGAGAAUGCUUCUUACGUGAUGUUCUGGGAGAGACAUCUACGACGCCUAGUGCAGUCUGUUGAAAUUUUAGGUGAAAGAAGGCCAGACUUGUACCCGUUAAAAUGCAGAUUUGAGUCAUCUUGGGACAUAUUCAUCAGACCUCUUGUCGACAGUUCCUUGAAAAAUGGGUUGGCACUAGCGCUGAAGAAGAGGAAACAUGGAGAAGAGUUGGCAAUUACAUCACUUGUUCACGGAACCACUGACCAACCUGAUGAUGAUUCUGUUGUGAGACCUUGUGAUGUCUAUGUGCACAUUGGAGGUUAUUUGCCAAUGAAGUUUGGUCUGAGUGAUAGUGCUGCUUGUUUAGCUCUUGUGGGUCAGAGCAGGGAAAUCGCUAUGUCAAAGUUCUCUGAAUGGGCAAGGACGAGAAAAUACUUGGAGAAGUUAAGGGCUCCAUUAGUAACAGAGCUUCUCUUGUCAAAUGAUGGUGACCACAUUUUGGAGGGAACAGUUACAAAUUUCUUUGUUGUUUGUCGAAGGGACAUGAACCAAAUGAGUGAUGAGGGUCCAACUAAUCCAAAUAAUAUGCAUCCCUAUGUGGUUCAAACUGCUCCACUGAACGAUGGUGUUCUACCUGGAGUAAUUCGACAGAUAGUUUUGGAAAUUUGCUCGAGCAUGGGAAUUCCCUUCUGUGAAGUUGCACCUUCAUGGUCAAAGCAUGGCAUUUGGGUUGAGGCCUUUGUCACUAAUAGCCUAAGGCUGGUACAGCAUGUAAAGAGGAUACAAGUCCCUUCUUCAUGGGAAGGUUUGCAGUCUAAAAGCUGGGAGGAGGUGUCGUGGGAGAUGAAAGAUUUCAAGGGAGGCGGGUUCAUAACGUCACUAAUACAGGCUGAGCUGAUGAAAAGGGUUAGUUCUGAAGGAUAUUCAGUAACGAAGCUCCGGAGAUAAUACGAAAAGCUCAACCGUGUUGUCUCCCCAGAGGUAGAUGGACUUCUUUCUCGUCUUGCAUAGCAUUUCAGGAAUACGGAAGGUCAAAAAGUCGAUUUAGGUCGGUUGCAUUUCUCCCACUCUAAGCUCGCAAGUGGAACUGGUCUUUAAGUCAUAGAAUAUGCAUCUACCCUUGAGAGAGAGAGAGAGAGAGAAAUUCAUGUGGAAAACUAGAGCAAAUAUUCUAAAUCAGAAUGGACAUUCGUGUAAAUGUUUGACAUGCCAUGUUUAUGUGGAAACUGUACAGAGUUAUUGUUGUUUGUGAAA